AAGAGGCGGGACUUGAGCGAAGACUCGCAAACCAAGGAAUUAGAGGACUGUCUCAUUGGGGUGCCCACUUUUUUUUUUUUCUUUUUAAACAGACCGGAAGUGGAGUCACUGCGAGGGAGCCAGAAAUGGAAAGGAAAGUAAGCAGAAUCUGUCUUGCCUCUGAACCUGAUGUAACUUAUUUUCUGCAAGUGUCCUGGGAGAGAGCAGUAGGAUCUGGCUUUGUGAUUACACUCACUGAUGGCCAUUCAGCUUGGACUGCGCCAGUUUCUGAAUCAGAUAUUUCCCAGGAAGCUGAUGACAUGGCUAUGGAAAAAGAAAAAUAUGUUGAUGAGCUGAGAAGAGCACUGGUGUCAGGACCAGAGGCAGCCGACACGUACAAGUUCGUCUUUUCUAAAGAGUCUUGUCAUUUCUCCAUUGAGAAAGAACUGAAAGAUGUUUCAUUCAGACUUGGUUCCUUCAACCUCCACAAAGUUACAAAGCCAACUGAAGUCAUUAGAGAACUCAUUUGUUACUGCCUGGACAGCAUUGCAGAAAAAGAGGCCAAAAACGAGCACCUGCAGAGAGAAAAUGAAAGACUCCUAAGAGACUGGACGGAUGUUCAAGGCCGAUUUGAGAAAUGUGUGACUGCCAAAGAAGCCUUGGAGGCCGAUCUGUAUCAAAGAUUUAUCUUGGUGCUAAAUGAGAAGAAAACCAAGAUCCGAAGCUUGCAUAAGUUGUUAAGUGAAGUCCAGCAUCUGGAAGAAGGUGGCGAAGCUGAAAGGAAAACUGUAUGUUCUGAAAAAACAACUGACCAAGAUGCAAUUUAUGAUGAGAGUACUGAUGAAGAAAGUGGAGCCUCUGACAUGGCUGCCGCUACUCGUUGUAAAGAUGAUUCCUUAUUUUCAAGUCCUGAUGUCACUGACAUUGCGCCAAGUAGGAAGAGGAGACAUCAAAUGCAUAAGGAUCUUGGGACAGAACCUAAAAUGGCGCCGCAAGAGCAGCAGCUACAGGAGAAGGAAAGGCCUACCUCUUCAUUGCCUCCAGCCAUGACAGAUGAGAACACCUCUGCUGAAAACAUGUCUCUCGAAACCCUGAGAAACAGCAGCCCAGAAGGGCUCUUUGAUUAGGAAUCACCUUUGGUAUUCAUCAAACUGUGUUCUAUAUCCAGUUAGUUCUAACGAAAAGACAGGCUUUCAAGUUAGCAGCGAUGGUUACUAUGUCUUGCAACUAUAUGAACCCAAUGGAUUACACAAGUAUGU